CUUCAAUCCCAAUUCCUUCCCUUUUCCCUUUCCCCUCCCCGUUGAGCGACGUGGAAUCUCAUACAGGAAAUCUACUUCCCUUUCACACUAUCAAUCCCCCUUGCGAACGAUUAUUUUACGUGUAUUAUGAUCGCAGCUUGAGGCCCUGACUCGGUCGCUUCUUACCCUUCUGUCCUCUUCGCUCCACUUUCAGCCCCCUCGUCCCAACUUGCCCCCUCUACACCCUUUCCGACUCUCCCACCCAACCGCUAACCUCUCCCUCCACACCUCCUCCGCCUUCCCCCCUGGAACGUCCGUUUUCCUCGCUCCCCUUCAUCCCACCACCACCGGUCCUUAGGGGUAUCAUCCGGCAAAAUGGCAGCCGAUAUGACGGGCGAACAGAUGCAGGCCAAGAUCACUGCGGCCAGGCGCGAAGCUGAGGGUUUGAAGGACAAGAUCAGGCGCCGCAAGGAUGAGCUGGCCGACACCUCUCUCCGCCAGGUUGCGCAGAACCAGACCGAUACCCUUCCUCGAAUUGGCAUGAAGCCGCGCCGGACAUUGAAGGGCCACCUUGCUAAAAUUUACGCCAUGCACUGGUCGACCGACCGCCGGCAUCUCGUGUCAGCUUCGCAGGACGGAAAGCUCAUCAUCUGGGACGCCUACACCACCAACAAAGUCCACGCCAUUCCCCUGCGCUCGUCCUGGGUCAUGACCUGUGCCUAUGCGCCUAGCGGGAACUACGUGGCCUGCGGUGGUCUCGACAACAUUUGCUCCAUCUACAAUCUGUCGUCGCGCGAAGGUCCCACUCGCGUCGCGCGCGAGCUCUCCGGCCAUUCGGGCUACCUGUCCUGCUGUCGCUUCAUCAAUGACCGCCGCAUCAUCACCUCCUCCGGUGAUAUGACCUGUAUGCUCUGGGAUAUCGAGUCCGGAUCCAAGGUCACCGAAUUUGCCGACCACCUUGGUGACGUGAUGUCGAUCAGCAUCAACCCGACCAACCAGAACAUCUUUGUUUCUGGUGCUUGCGACGCCUUCGCCAAGCUGUGGGAUAUCCGUACCGGCAAGGCCGUGCAAACUUUCGCCGGCCACGAGUCCGACAUCAACGCCAUUCAGUUCUUCCCUGACGGAAACGCCUUUGGAACUGGUUCCGACGACACCUCCUGCCGUCUGUUCGAUAUCCGUGCCGACCGUGAGCUCAACAUCUACCAGAGCGACCAAGUUCUUUGCGGUAUCACCUCCGUUGCGUUCUCCGUUUCUGGCCGGUUAUUGUUUGCUGGUUACGACGAUUUCGAGUGCAAGGUGUGGGAUGUUCUGCGUGGCGAUAAGGUUGGCUCGCUGAGCGGCCACGAGAACCGCGUGAGCUGCUUGGGUGUCAGCAACGACGGUAUCAGUUUGUGCACUGGAUCCUGGGAUUCUCUCCUCAAGGUCUGGGCCUGGUAAUCACCCCCACAAAAGAAAACAAACGCAAGAUACCCCGUGUCGAUCAUUUGCAAUGCUCUUAUUCGAAAUUUUCUUUGGUUCGGUGGGUCGAAUCUCCGCCAUUGUACGAUAAUAAUCAGUUACCAGGGAACUCUUGGGUUCCCGGGAUAAUUACGGCGCAGAGGUUGGUCCGUCGCAUGCGAUACGGAAGGGUGUUGGGUGGUGGAAGGCGAGUGCGACGCCUGGGGAAGAAACGAAAGCGACGACACAACAAUGUUUGGACAUGACGAGAGCGCUACCGCUUGGGAUGGUCAUGGUGAGAGGUCCUGUGGAGUGAUUUUUUUUCUUUGCAACGACGACACCAAAAAGAAACAAGAAGAGAGUCGCCAUCCCACGCAGUUCUUCUCUACCUCUAUGGCCAUCCUAUCCGUUGGCUUCCCUCCUGUUGGUGAUGAUGCCUUUUUUUUUCUCUUCUUCCCUGGAUUUACCCAUUUUUAUUUCUUCUUCUCCCCGAUUAUUCUCUUUCAAUUACCCCCUCUUCGUUUCCUUUUUUUUUUCUUCUCACUUCUUGAUUGCCUUUCCCGCAUCGGUUCUCGGUAUGUAUUUUCUCGGUGAUGGAAUGGACAGGGACCGGUUCGGUGGAUUCGGCCAUGAUCUUUGCGCUGCUUUCUGAAAUUUCCCCUGCGUUUCCGCGUCAUCUCUCAAUUUCCUUUGAUUUCCCCCUCUGAUCUAUCUCUCCACAUGUUUGAUCCUUUCCCACCAUAUUUCCUUGUGUCAUCACCCAGAGAAAGAAUUGUGCCUGUACCUAUUUCGUCUCAUAUGGUCUGGAUCUUUUCCCUACUUUUCAUGCAGUUCUUUCCUCUUUUUUUCCUUGAGAAGCUUCCAAUUUCCAUUUGUGAUUUCAAAAUUUUGAGUUAUAUCUGUCCAUCUCUUCCUUUCUCGCUGCGUGUCGUGGGAUACGCAGCCGGUCUGUUCGAACGGUGCGUUGGCCUUCGCUUGCUGGUUUCACUGCGGGUUGGGCGUCUGCGAGCGUGGCGUGGGCAUCGGACAUAGGUCAUUCAUACAAGGUGUUCGGUGAUAGCCUGCCCUAGUAGUUUGUAAGUCCGUAGCACCAAGUAGUAGAAUGGGGUAGAUGCAGUCAUGAUGUCAGGUAGCCAGCCAAGUUGAGCAGGCGUGGCCGGUGAUUGAUUAGCUUGCUGUCUCUGGGAAAGGCUUAUCUGGAGAGCAUGCAACAAUUCAUGAACGUCACAGAUGAGUGGAGUUCUUGUAGACAAUCAAUGAGAGAGUCAAUCUCCACCACAAUUCCAGUCAGCAUGCAUAACUUGUCCCUAUGAUCCGAGUCAGUACCAACUAACAGCGAUCAUGAAGCCAAUCUGAACGACAGGGACAAUCGAUGAGCCAUGGCCAUGUAUUCAGCAUAGUUCACGAUAGCUGAAUGAACCCAGCUGAUGAACACCUGCGAACUUCUCCAGUCAGGCGAACUGGACCUUCUGGGGACCAUCCGUUCCUGAUGAGA